GUCAUUUUUUGUCCUCAAGGUCAAGGAAGUGAACAUAAAGCAGGCUGUUCCAAUUACCGACUCGUCACCCCCACUUCUAUCCUUAAUGCUAUCAUAUAAACAUCCCAGCUGACUGGGGGGUGAAGAACAACAAAACCUGUUGCGCAAGUAUACUAGUAUAUAAAGCGGCGUGUUCUUGUCCCUCGGGUUCAUUCAUACCUCGAGCCCUCGACGCACCAACAUGACCGGAGCGUUCCUCGACACAGCGGCGGCGGCGGUGGCGUCCCCGUCCGAGAACGUGCAGACUUUCCUCUUCCUGCUGCUGGGUCUCCUGGCGGGGUACCUGCUGUGGCGGCGGGGCAACCCGCCCAACCUGCCGCCGGGCCCGUGGGGGAUCCCCGGGCUCGGGGCCAUCCCUUUCCUCGGCCUGGCUCCACACGAGACGCUGAUGACGAUGUCCAAAGCGUACGGUGCCAUCAUGAGCGUGCGGCUGGGCCCCAAACUUACCGUCGUGCUGAACGGACAGAGAGCCAUCCACCAGGCACUCAUCAAACGGGCCAGUGUCUUCUCCGACAGACCAGGCUUCGAGCUGGUCAACAUGGUCCACAAGGGACGAGGAAUUAUUGCGGGUCCGAGUACAGAGUUCAUCCAGAAGCAGCGCCGGUUCCUGAUGCGGUCCUUCCGUACGCUGGGCCUGAACACGCACAGCAUCGAGAACCUCCUACAGGCCGAGGUGGAGACUCUCAUGACAUCCCUGAAGCAAGUCCAGGGGAACUGUGGAGAGGUGUACGACGUCAUCAACCGGAGCGUUGUCAACGCUAUAGCGGUCUUCUCGUUCGGCAACAGGUUCAAUCACAACGACCCGAAGUUCCACAGCCUGGUCUCGAGUUUGGAAGGCGUGUUCCGCUUCUCGUCCACCGGUGUGGGGCUGAUGACGCAAGCCUUCCCCGUCCUGCUCAAGUUCCCCCGCGGGCUCCCCGGCCUCAGCCAGUUCCUCGAAGACGGAGAGAACUUCCUCACCAUCAUCCGCGACAUCGUCAAGUCCAGACGACAAGUCUUCGCCGAGAUUCUUCAGAAAGACCCGACCCUGGCCGACUUCAAGCCGUCAGACAUCCUGGACUGCUACUUCCAGGAGACCACCCGAGGACAGGCCUGGUUCAUGAGCGAUGAGGACUUCUGUCACAUGAUCAUGGACAACUACAUCGCAGGCACCACCACCACCAGACUCACCCUACAGUGGGCCAUGCUUCUCCUCACCAUCUCGCCCAGAGAGCAGCUCAAGAUGCACGAGGAAGUGGUGUCAGUCGUCGGGACAGAUCGCCUGCCUUCCCUGAAAGACAAGGACAACCUCCCCUACACCAAGGCCGCCAUCUUUGAGCUGCUGCGCAUCUCCUGCGUCACCCCGCUGUCUGUUCCCAGAGAGGCCGCUGAUGACGUCAUCAUCGACGGGCACCGGAUCCCGAAAGGCACGAUGGUCAUGACGAACCUGUGGUCGGUGACGAAUGACCCGGAUGUGUGGGAGGACCCGCGGACGUUCAAGCCGGAAAGGUUCCUGAACGCCGACGGAGAGUGCGUCCUGCCCAAGGAGUGGCUGCCAUUUUCCACAGGAAAGCGGUCGUGCAUAGGACAGGCCAUCGCAGAAAGCAUGAUGUUCAUGUACAUCUCAGCCAUCGUCCAAAACUACAGGAUCUACCUGCCACCAGGGAAACCAGUCCCCACAGCCGAACCCAUCCCAGCCAUGCACCUCCACCCUCAGCCCUGCGAAAUCUUCUUUGCCAAAUAUCCUCCCUGUUAGUGCUAGUUCUGAGCACCUUUUGUAGCCUCUACCAGGCUUCGUGAGGCGGCUGGAAAGAGUAGAAAUCGGCCAAAUAGAGAGAUAACAUGCCAGGGGAGUUGGCAGUGUAGAGACAAUUGCUUGCCGCACCCCACACCCUCUAUUUGGCCGAUUUCUACUCUUUCCAGCCGCCUCUCGAAGCCUGGUAGAUCUCCAACUAUGUUUGGACACAAGUCUUUUGAAUAGUUGAUAACAUUUUGUGUCUU